UUGUGCAGUACCCGUGCACGAUUUCUGACCGAGCAUGACCCUGACAGGGUCGAAACCUUCGAAUCCCUAAGUGAUAACUGAAAAGUCCCGGAAAAGACCACGAGAUCGUUUCCGGCGAUCUCCUCUUCGCGAUAUGGCUACGACAGAGGUGAUAACAGUGCCUGAAACGUGAAGAAGAAGAGAGAGCUGCUAUCAUAAUGUUUCUAUAUUAAUUGCCGCACGAUCGAAUAGACCAGCAUCAAGAUCUUGAUGAUCGAUCGUCGUCAGUGAUCUCGUGAAUCAUAACUGACUAUGUUAAUUAAGUGUCGAACGGACGCGAAUACGUUCGCAUGCAAUGAAAAACACUUUAAGCCUGCAAAUACCGAUCGUCCCAGCAAAUGAAAUAAUUUGUGUACAAUUUGUAAUCAGGCUGUCUUACCCUGAUCAAUGAAUAAGAUCGCUUAACUCUGCAAUCAUCGUAAAGAAAUAUUUUGUUUCGUAAAGAAAUAUAUGACGAGACAUUUUUUGUGUGGAGAAUAUUAAAGAUCUGAAAAAGAGUAUAUAAAGAUGCGUGAAAUAAUUACAGAUUAUAAAACACAGAUAAGCUAUGCAAAGAAGAUAUUACGGGUUAUAUGCAAUUCAGAAGAAAAACAAGAAGAAACAAAUAGGAAUUGGUCUUAUGAAUGAUACAUCGUUUAUUCGAUAGUGUCAAACUAACAUGGCUUGAAGCUCAUUAUAAAAUAUCUUCUCUUUUAAAUAUCGCUUCUCGAGAGUCAUCUUAAUUAUAGAACAAAUGAAAAUUGAAUAAUGAAAGGCUGUAUUAACGAUGAAACAUUGAAGAUAUCCUUGGCAUUCAACUGAGCCCUUUUAUAAAAAAAAAAAAAGUCAUCAUGGCAAUCGAUAAUCCGUCGUACUUUUCACUAUCUGGCGGGGCAUCGUCGUCGAAAGCGACAACAUCGGCAUCCCCGACGUCGCCCAGGAGCUUUUCCGCCUUAUUUCGUCGAAGGACCUGCAAGAUGGGUGCGGCGACUUCAUCCCAGAGUGGCGUCCUGAUCUCGGAAUUCACGUCUAACGUGCGUCAUGAGAGUCGCGGCAACGCAACAGGCACGUCAACACCGUCAACACCAACGGAGGAGCGCGUUCCGAUGCUGUCGCAGAACGGCGCGAUCAAUCCCGGAUGCGGCAAAAGGAGGAGCUUCCGCAAUCUCUUCCGGUCCGUGAGCGCGAAUGCGGAACAUGAACGUACGCAAAAGUUCCUCAAAGGCGACCCGAGGCCGUCCGAUGUUGCGCCACCGUCACCGUAUUUACCUCACAGGAGUACGAAUUUUGACUUGUCUUCUCGACGCAGGUCACAUUCGCACUCCGAGAAGGAUCGCCGUCAUCCAGGCCGGACCAGAAGAGUCUUGAAAUCUGCCAGCGAACUUCUGUCUAAUGAUAUGAUUUAUUGCGGUGUAGCGAGUAAUUCCAAAGAUCAAAAUGAUGGCGAUGAUGAUAACAGCAACGACAAUGAUGAUACCGCGGAAGUUUUCUUCGGUGUGAAUGAUGCCAGAUAUUAUAAUGUUUCCUCUACUCUUUCUACAACGGCCAAUCGAAGAAGGCACUCGAUCGGCACUUUUCUCGGAAAAGAAACAGGGACAUCCGGUAAUAUUAUGACUCCUGAACGACAAACGGGAGGAUCCAGAAAUCUGUUGGAAGCAGAUACAGCGGCAGCUCCAGUAUCACUCGACGAUAUCGAUGGUACACAUUGCAACAAGGACAAACAACCGUCUUGCAACAGGACCAAGCGAAGAAGACACAAGAGCACCAAUAAGGGGUCGCACUCAGCUACAGUCUUAUCAAAAGACGGACACGCAGAGGACGAUGUCGUCUUCGUCUCUAGCAAGGAAAGCGAGGCUUCUAAUCUAUGGGUUAACUACCUCACCGCAUGUUUCGAGCAAAUCAGCCGUCAACAAGGACGGCCGCCGUUCAAAGUACGUCACAUCGCUAUUGAGGAACCGAUAGUACCGAAAACAGAACAGAAGAUCCGAUCUUCUCGCCUUCAGAUCGUCAUCGUGUGCCCGGUAUUGCUGGAACGCGUCCGGACCAACCCGGAGCACUCCGUCCAUCUGACCAACCAUCUGGUCCCCGAAAAAGUACUAGCGAUGAUGUUGGGUGUUCAUGACAGUCACAUCAACAACACUUAUAAAUCCAGCCUAGUUUCCUGUGAUGAAUGGAGAAAGUUUUUCGUGAAGGACCAGGACGAGACAUUCGUCGGGGAAUUGUUGGGUGCAGCGGUUGCCAUUCUAGGCACUAUGCCGCCGCCAGCUCUCAGAAGCGACAAAACUGCAUUUUCCGUGCAUCCAAAGAAGGUUAAACUGGGACAGAAUAAAAUAAUCGUUUUAUUAAACGAUCCGUUGAGUCCCAAAGAUAAUGUCUCUGUGAUUGUUGAUCGUUGCGGCGACGCGAUCGACAUUAGCAACGUAAAAAGAAGAAAUCCUUACGCCUUACAAUUUUCAAUACCCGAAAGAUGUCUCGAAGUCUCUAUGUUGGUCGGCGUGAGAAUAAUCAAGAAUGGAUGUUCGCUCGGCGUUAGACAAGUCAAAUGCGAAAGUAGACUUAGGGAAUUAGAUCAGAUUCUUAGGGCGCACGACAAUCCCCUUGAAUUUAUGUGCCAGACUUUCGGCUUCAGUUCUACUGACCGAGAAAAGUUUGACAAUUGGAUGGUCCAUGCAUUUCAAAAAAAUAUGCCUCCUCAUUUCAAUCUUUUAUCCACCCCGAACGGUAUAGUGCCCACCCAUAAAAGUUGUACGAGUCCAGAAGAGAAUCCGACAUUACUACAUUUCGCCGCGCGUUUUGGCCUGGAAAAACUAGCGUGGCAAUUAUUGGAAUGUCCUGGUGGCGAUCUGGCAUGCGACUUGAAAAACGUUUCCGAGCUAACACCGGCUGAUCUUGCUGAGCAAGCUGGACACGCGAGACUGGCCCAUCAACUACAGGGCUACAUGCAAAUGAACGAGUUCACCAACAUGUACAGCUACCUCAAAGUUAUAAGCCAAACGAAUCGAUCAGCAGAAACGAAUUCAACUGACGUCUCCUCGACGGUCACACACGAAAUCAAUAACGAAAAAGAAGAUUAUUGCCGACCAAGGCCUUUAAGCGAGGCUUAUUCAGUACCACCGAUUGCAAGACCGGUAACAAUUCUACUCCCGAAUCUGCAAACAGCGAGUACCUCUAGUACGAUCACAAAUCCUUUAGCCGCAAAUUAUUCGGUUGUACCGACGCCCACGCUAGUAAUUAAUAACCAGCUGCCGUCCACACCCACGUCCACAACCUCAGUCACAUCAAACGGAUUGAAUACGCCUUUCCAGGACUACAUGAAAAUGCAUGCUGCUGAUGGCUCUUUUACCACGAAUUCUCUUCAUCAUAACGUAAUUUGUUCAAAAACAAUUACAACGAAUACAACGAAUCAUCCGCCGUCCCGAACAGACACACCUACUCGCCAGGAAUGUCCUCAGGAAAAUUCCUUGGGAACACGAGAGGAUAAUUGUGGUCAGAAAAUAUGUCAGAAUCUUUCCUAUGGCAGAACAUCUUCCAACAGCAGUACCAAAUCCAGAGAACCGUCAGGCCCCCAAGACGAGCUUCUAGAGAUCAUAAACGAUUUCAAAAACAACGUCUUUACGAUAUCCGAAGUGGAGAGGCUCGUCGAAAAUUGGCAGAAGCGAAACGAUGUUCAGCAAAGUUUUAAGGACAAACAAAGACAGCUUAUGGCAAUGCGAGAGGAAUACGACAAAAUACAAAAACAAAUGAAAGAAGAGAUGAAGACUCCGACGCCCUUCGACAAGAUACGAAAGUUCUUCUCCAAAGGAAAGAAAGAAACAAAAGAGUCUGCUGGAAUUGCCACUGAUUCUUCUACGAACAAAUCCGAAAGUAUUAACGGCGGAUUAGCUGAUCGCCGGCCUGUCAGCAGUUUAAGUCUUCGUAGUGUCUCCAGUUCAUCAUCAUCUGGUAGAAUGAGCACUGUUAGCGGUUGCAGCGGUGCAAGCUUGGGCGACAGUGGAACUCAUUCCGAUUCCGAGGACAGAAGACUCCAGAAUGUCAGGGAUGAGAAAACUGGGAUGACAUCCUACGAAAUACCACCUGCGCCUAAACCUUUCACAGGCAGGUACUCACCGGGGUAUUCCCCAUCACCGAGUCUCUCUAUCGCGUGCGACCUUGAUCUCCGACAAACACAGUCACCAUCCAGAGUCAACGAUAAUGAGUAUUACAUUGCGUUUCCACCGUCGGGAUUACCUGUUCAUGCGUUUAAAACGGACGGUUCUUCGAGAGAACCGGGUACACCAAAUUCACUAUGUGAACAUCCAAUGAAUAAUAAUCACGACUUCGUCCAGAACGUCACCGUUUCAUCGGAUAAACAUCAGGAAGAAAUCGAGGCGACAAAACUUGCUAGCAACAAUAGCUACACGAACAUCGAUCCGGCGGCAUUGAUUUUCACUCCAAUCGCACCGACAGGAAUGUGCAUCCCAGACUACACUAGUAACGAAUCGACGUCCAACGAUUCUGUUCACGUGGAUCGGGAAGCCGUGGAAGAACACAUUAAUGACACCGUCGAGGCGUGUUCCAACAUCACGAAAGUGAAACCACCAUUCGCUCAAUGUACCGUUGACGAGGUCGACUCUGCGCUUCGAGGUCAAGAGACUACAGAGACAAUACGCGAUGAGGAACACGUACCGACGGAUUCGGCGAACAUUUCGAAAAACAUGAAUGAGAUCACCGAGACUAAAAUGCCGGAAUAUAUGAACCUUGCUGUUAAUAUGAGUCACGAUGCUGCCAAGGUUCUCGGCGCCAUACCAAAGAAGUUGCCAGCACCACCCGUGCCACUGCGAGGUACAACUUUCCAUACCGUAUAAUUUCACGCGACUUUUAUAAUUGCAAAAGCAAAACUAAGUACG